CUACUAAAGCUAUCAUUGCAACUAAGAAUAUCUGUAUCGAUAUAAAAUACAAUACCGAAAUGGCCGCUUCUCCUAUUGAUCAUACCAUGCCACCCCAAACAACUGAACUAAAUACUCAGGCUUUAUGA